AUGGCGUCCACCAGCAAAGUGGAUCCUCCCGGAGAAGACGGAGUUGAGGAAGAGGAGCUUGAACGAUUUGAUGAUUUUACUAUUGCGUCUUCAUGGGAAAGGUUUAUAUCGGAGAUAGAAGCAGUUUGUCGCCAGUGGAUAGCUGAUGGCCCAAAGAAUUUGCUGGAAAAGGGCACAAUGCAGAUGGAGUCUUCACAGAACUUGUAUAGAGUUAAAUUUGAGUUGAAAUAUGCCUUGAAAACUUAUUGCAUGGAGUAUUUCUUUGAAACCGACAGUGGAGUUAAAAUUCCAGAGUGGACUUCUCCAGUGCAUGAUUUGCAAUUAUGCUUUGGAGUGAAGGAAUUUUUGAUAAUUGCUCCUCAAAGUGCUAGCGGGGUGGUACUUGAUGCACCUGAGGCUUCCAAGCUGCUAAGUGCUGUUGCAAUUGCUUUGACCAAUUGUUGCAGUUUGUUGGCAGCAUUUGUUCCAGUGCACGAUCCUUCUCGGAAAGCUUUUAUUGGCAUUCAAAACAUGGGAACUGUCUUUACCAGAAGAUUUGAGGCAGAUCGAAUAGGAAGUCAAGUUCCUGUGAAGCUCAUGCACCUGGAAGGGUUAUAUGAGCUAUUUGUUUCCAAGUUUGCUUAUUCCUCACUUGAUUUAGUCAGCUAUCAUUUCAAAGUUCAUUUAAGAAUGAAGUCAACAUACAGAACUUUUUCCCACGAUGAUGAUGAGGAUGAUGAUUAUGCCUCUGCACAAGGUUUGAAUCCACAAGAUAUAGAUGGUAUGGGCAGUCCCCGUGUUGAUAGCCAUAGCAGAGCACAAUGGGAUGAUGACUGUCCAUGGAGUGAGUGGUAUUCUGCGGAGGAUCCGAUAAAAGGAGUGGAAUUGAUUGCAACAUGGCCUGAGAGGAUGGUCGAGAACUCUCCCGAAAUGGAGGAAUUGGAAAAUACCUCCCCUCAUGAGGCAGAGAAGUGGGUGAUGCUUCCUGUUAUCUCACCAAAUCUGGAUAGUUCAGGUGGAAACAGGAUUGGAUUUGCUUCCCAAUUGCUUCUUCUGAUUCAUGCAUUGGAUAUUUCCUUUAAUGCGAAAUUUGUAGAGGAUUUUGUCUCAGCUGAAAACAUUGCCCCUAAUAAACUCACUUCCUCAAUGGUGGUUCCCCCACCGACUGUCCUCGAUCGUGUGCUAAAGGAUCUAUUUCAGGGAUCUCAAGUUCAAGGUUUUGCUAAGGAGGAGUAUAAAUACUCUCGUGGCAUAAAAGGCGCACCAGUUGGAUCUCUUUUUUCACAGUUUUCCUUACAUUCUCUAUGGGUGGGGAACUGCAACAUACGUGCUAUUGCUGUCCUCUGGGUAGAGUUCACUCGGGAAGUUCGGUGGUGUUGGGAAGAGUCACAGCCUCUUCCUAAAGUUCUAGUGAACGGUUCAAUUGAUCUGGCAACCUGUUUGGUUAAUCAGAAACUGCAAAUGCUUGCUAUUUGUAUUGAGAGGAAGUGUGAAUUGAACGAAGAUUUCCAAGACUGUCUAGGAAGCAAUGAUCAACCCCAUGCUCAAAAGAAGGUGGCAGAAGAUGGACCGCUGAGGAAUGACACAGCUAGCACAAAAGUAUCCAGCUCAGAGUCUGAUAGGAUUCAUGACAGCAGUCCAACAGCUCAUGGCAGUUCACAAAAAUAUGAAAAGAUUGCUUCAAGCUCCAUUAUGAAGCAACAUCUUAAGUCUUCGGAUAAUUUAAGGAGGGGUUCAGCUGGAGUGGUUGGGUCCAUGAAGCUUCUGAAGACAUAUCAGAGCAUGCAUGCACCGUAUACACAGGAUCCGCCCCUGAUGACAGAAGACAUGCAUGAAGAACGCCUGCAGGCUGUUGAAGCAUUUGGUGAUUCAUUUAACUUUUCAGCUCAAUUGGAGAGAGAUGUUCUAGCAUCAGAUAUGUCAGCUUUCAAAGCAGCAAAUCCAGAUGCUGUGUUUGAGGAUUUUAUCCGUUGGCAUUCACCUGGAGAUUGGAUCAACGAUGAGACUGAAGACAAGGCAGCAGCAUCCGUAGGAAGUUCAAGCUUGAAGGAGGACUGGCCUCCACGAGGGCAGCUUUCGAAAAGAAUGUCUGAGCAAGGAAACUUGUGGCGGAAGAUUUGGAACGAUGCACCAGCCUUGCCGGCUUAUGAACAGAAACCACUUCUUGAUCCAAAUCGAGAAGGAGAAAAGAUACUCCAUUACCUGGAAACACUACAGCCCCAUCAACUUCUCGAGCAGAUGGUCUGUACUGCAUUUAAAGCUGCGGCCGACACACUAAACAUGACCAAUCAUGGCGGCUUGAAGCAGAUGACAACAAAAAUGGAGCAGCUCUACAAUACAAUGUCAUCAACGUUGAAGCCUUUACAAACAAACCGGCUAUCCAAAGGCAGUGACACCAUUGAAGACCUCAAGCGGCUGUCUACAGUCUUUGAACACGUUGAAAAACUACUAACUCUUGCAGCUUCCCUCCAUCGCAAAUUUUCAAAUGCGCCACGUCUCUCUGAAUCAAUUUUCGCGGACUACUAUGAGUUUUACCUUCCCAAAAUGGGGACCGGGGCAGGCUCGGGCGAUGUCAAGCACCAGGAGUUUGACAAGAAGCAGCAAGUAAAGAUGAAGGAAAGAGAGGUAGUAUCGAAUUUGUUCAAGCCACCAACGGCAAACCAGAAGUGGAGGAAAGUGAUAAGCAUGGGCAAUCUACUCAAUGGUCACGAGCCAACGAUGAGGGAAAUCGUAUUUACAACGCACGAAGCCAUUACUCCUGCAGCCACGAGUCGCCUCGAGGUGAGGAACGCCGGCAAGGGUUCGGAACUGGGAAUGGAGACGUAUCGCAUGUACAUAGCUGGAACUUCAAACGAUCUUCGCGUAGCCCUUUCGGUGACUUCAUGCGAUUGA